AUGGAGGUCGACCUCCUCUACGCACCACACCUGGCUAUGCAGACAUCUGGAGACGAGGAAGAAGCAGAGGAACCGCGUGUACGCCCUGCCAUAUAUUCGACGAUGCAGGACUACGACGCCAUCGUAGAGAUGGGAGCGAGUAUUGGCGUAGAGCAGCCGGACAACAGCGGAACAGUGGGCGCUGUCCUCGUACUCAAGGAUGCGGCGGGCAAUGAGACAAAUUGCGCCCUGACCAAUCACCGCGUCGUUGCGACACACGAUCCAAAGAGUGUCAUCAACAGCGAUUGGCUCACUCUUGAAUCUACGACAUGA